AUGAUGAAUUUAGAUGCUUUUGAUUCAGAAGCAUUCGAUAGUCAACUGAAAUCUCUUUGUGAAACUUCGAAACGGCUGAAUGCUGAAAACAAAGAGUUAAAAGAACAAGAAAUCAUUUUACGUAAACGGCACGAAGUAAAUAAAGCUCAAUUAAAAAAUUAUUAUGAACAAAAAUUUAUUGAAAAAAGACAAAUGGAAGUAGACAAAUAUGAAGCAGAUUUUAAAGCAUUGACACAAGAUUAUUUAAAAAUAAAUGAACAGUUAAAAUGUAAAGGAGAUGAAAAAGACGAUUUAGAUAUUAAAAUGAUCAAAACUCAACGUGAAUUUGAUGAAAAAAUUAUUGUAAACAAACGUCUAAUGACAGAGAAAAAUUGUGUUGAAUUAUCUCAAUUAGAAAAUGAAUUAAACAAUUUAAAUAAACAAAUGGAUGCAAAAAAACAUGCAUUAAUGGAAAUGAAACGUCAAUAUGAUGAAUAUGAAAAGAAAGGGAAUAUAGUCAAGGAAGAUAAUCAAAAAUUAGCGGAUGAUAAUAAAUAUUUAAUUGAUCAAAUGAAAAAAUUACGUGGAAAUUUUGAUGAUAUUCAGAAAAAAUUUGAUUGUAUUGAACGAUUAGGAGAAGGAUGA